GCCAGGAAGUUUUGAGUGUACGUGUGAAAUAUAAAUUAAAGUAUCAUGACACUAAGUUGCCGACCGAAAUAAAUGAGACAGAUGGAUAUCAUAGACAAUGUUAUGCUAGUUUUACAGCGUUAAUGGCAAAAUACCGUAAUUUAUCAUCAGAAUUAAAUUUAGCCAGUGACUCCAGUUCACCUACAAGCUUAAACCGUGAAACCGCAUGUGCAGUUGUUCGUUCAAGUUCAAAUAUUUUGGAAGACAUUGAUCAAAGUUCAAAUUGUUCGAGCAUAUCAGCUCAUUCUCAACCAAAUUUGAAUAGCGAGACAUUAUCAGAAGAUGCAACUCUGAGUUUAGAUAGUCAGAGAAUGUUAGGAGAUGUUUCAGUUCCGGAUCCAGCUUCCAGCUCAACUUGUGAUUCAAGUAUUAAUGAAAAUACAGCUAACAACGAAACUUUUGACACUACUGCAGAAGAUAUUGGAACAGGUCGACAACUAAAAAAUGUCUGUUAUUUUUGUGAUAAAGAUCGUAAGCAGAAUAAGGGUAAACAACAAAGUCUUCACCACUCAAACGAUGCAAAACUUUAUGAUAAAAUUAUUAUGUGGAUGGAAAAACUCAGUAAUGAACAGUUGUUACAGAAAAUUAACAAUUUCAAAUCUACAAAUAGAACUAUUUUUUAUCACCAUUCCUGUGAAUUAGCUUGUGAAGAACACGAAGAAGCUGAUUCUCGCAUUAUUUAUCAUAUAUGUCAAAUUGAUUUCGAUGCCGACGUUGUUAUACGCUGUUCUGACUCCGAUAUUUUAAUUAUAUUACUGGGUAAUAUGGAUCACCUCAAUGCAUUUUUGAAGAUUUGGAUUAACAUCGGUGUAGGCAAUCAUCAGCGAUACGUAAACGUUAAUGAAUUAUACCGAAUCCUUGGUGAUUCUCUAUCAAAAGCUUUACCAUGCUUCCACGCAAUCACGGGGUGCGAUUACACGCCAGCAUUCUUUAGAAAAGGUAAAGUUAGACCUUUUAAAAUUUUGGAACAAUCUAAAGAAUAUCAAUCAGCGUUUGGAAACAUAACUACGGAUAACGAAGAUUUACUUGACAGUACUUUUGUAAUCCUUGAGAAGUUUGUUUGUCAAAUGUAUGGAGUUAAAAAUUCUUCAGAUGUGAAUAGUGUUCGAUUUCAUUUAUUCUCAAAUACUUUUCAAUCAAAAAAAUCCGAUGAAAAUUUUGAGAAGAAAUUUCGAAACUUUGACUCAUCGAGUUUGCCACCCUGUAAAGCGGAAUUGCAACAGCAUUUAUUGAGAGUGCGCUACGUGACUAAACUUUGGAGGAAUGCUCACUUGAAACAUCCAACUUCUUUAUCUCCAGUUGCUUCCGGUUGGACCAUCAAAGAUAAUAAAUAUGAUUUUGUCUGGUUCCUGGGAGAGCAGUUACCAUCAUCAAUUGCUGAUAUUAUUAUUCAAAAUGAGAGAGUUUUAAGAAAUGAUGACAAUGACCAAGACGAUGAUUUCAAUACUUCUAGCAAUGAGAGCGACGAUGAUGACGAUUGUGAAGAUGCAUCCUUCGUUUGUAAUACGAUUAUGGAAUGAAAUAUUUAAAAACUAAAGAAGAAUUCUUAAUAUUUUUAAUUUGUUAUUUAUGUGUGUUACCUGAGCAUUAUAAAUAAAAAAUUUAAUUUUUAAACCUUCAAUAAUGCAUUUUAAUUUUUUCGUUUUUGAC